GGAGAAGAAAAGAAACUGGGAGACCUUGAGCUUAGGACAGGAAAGGGCUGAGGGAUGCAAGAAGGAAUCAGUGUUCUUACAGUAACAACAAUAGAAGAGGGAACAGAGGUGGGGACUCAGAAAGAGGGGUGUAGAUUAAAGCGACGGAAGAGGAAGAGGGGCCUAAGAUUCACUGUAUCGCGGAGCCUGGGAAGUCACUGCUGGUGGAUCCGCCCCCCUACGGGAGGGACGGAGAGAGGGAGAGAGUAAGACAGGCCGGCCGGCUGGCUGCUGGCUGGCUGGGGCCGUUAGAACAGAUAUCUCUUUGCUUCACACUCCCCCCCCCGAUUUCUUUCCCCUUUUUGUUGCUUGUUCGCUUCGCGCUUGGAGGUCAGUGCGUAAGGAGGGAGGGACCUAGGCUAAAGCGCCGCCCGAGCAGCCCAGCGGGAGCCUAGAGACAGGCCUGGGCUGCAGCCUCAAAAUUAGGAUGUCCCGACACGAAGGUGUCAGCUGUGAUGCAUGUUUAAAAGGAAAUUUUCGAGGUCGCAGAUACAAGUGUUUAAUUUGCUACGAUUACGAUUUGUGUGCAACUUGUUAUGAAAGUGGUGCAACAACAACAAGGCAUACAACUGACCAUCCAAUGCAGUGCAUACUAACAAGAGUAGAUUUUGAUUUAUAUUAUGGUGGAGAAGCUUUCUCUGUAGAGCAGCCACAGUCCUUUACUUGUCCUUAUUGUGGAAAGAUGGGUUAUACAGAAAUGUCUCUUCAAGAACAUGUUGCUUCUGAACAUGCAGAAACAUCAACAGAGGUGAUCUGUCCAAUAUGUGCAGCAUUACCUGGAGGGGAUCCUAAUCAUGUCACAGAUGACUUUGCAGCUCAUCUUACACUGGAACACAGAGCUCCUAGAGAUUUAGAUGAAUCUAGUGGCGUUCGUCAUGUACGUAGAAUGUUUCACCCAGGCCGGGGUUUGGGAGGCCCCCGUGCACGUAGAUCAAACAUGCACUUUACUAGCAGUUCCACUGGUGGGCUUUCAUCUUCUCAGAGUUCAUAUUCUCCAAGCAAUAGAGAAACCAUGGAUCCUAUAGCUGCACAGCUUCCCUCUGGAAUAUGCAUUGAAGAGCUUUUAUCUCAGUUAUCAGGCGUGAGACGUUCUGCAGGGCAGCUCAAUUCUUCUGGCCCUUCUGCUUCUCAGUUACAGCAGCUGCAGAUGCAACUGCAGUUGGAGCGACAGCAUGCACAGGCAGCAAGACAACAACUGGAGACUGCACGCAAUGCAACUAGACGCACUAACACAAGCAACAUCCCAACCACUCUUGCACAAUCUAUAGCAUCAACCAAUACAUCUAACAUAGAAAACAAUCAGCAGACUAUACAGAAUUCCCAGUUUCUUCUUACAAGGUUGAAUGAUCCUAAGAUGUCAGAAGCAGAGCGUCAGUCAAAGGAAAGUGAACGGGCAGACCGCAGCUUGUUUGUUCAAGAGCUUCUACUGUCCACUUUGAUGCAGGAAGAAAGUUCCUCCUCAGAUGAGGAUGAACGGGGAGAAAUUGCUGAUUUUGGUGCUAUGGGCUGUGUAGAUAUUAUGCCUCUAGAUGUUGCUUUAGAAAACCUAAAUUUAAAAGAGAAUAAUAAAGGAAAUGAGCCUCCUCUUUGAUGGCAUCCCACUUUGCAGACAAUGUCCUCUGUGCUGUAUUUGCCAAUGAAAGUGGACAACAACUAUCUUGGGUUUGUUUUGGUGAUUGUAAUUUCAGGUCUGUCACUCUUGUUACAUUGUGUACAUUCAAAGGAAGAGAGAAAAGAUAUAUACGAUAAUCAUUUCCACUUAACCAAUUUUUACUUUUAGCAGGUAAAUAUAGGUUGCAGCGCGGAGAAAAAAGCUCUGCAUCCUGUAGCUCGACGUGCAAAAAGCUCUCCUAAUACUCCACAUUCAAACUGAAGAGGAAAAAAAGAAAAAUCUCUAAUGAAGCUGCUGUGUGUAUUUAUGAAUAUUAAUGAAUAAAAAUUGCUUGGAUGGUUUACCUUAA